AUGAAAUUCUCUUUAAUCGUACUUUGCUUAGUCCUAUUGGGAUCCAACUAUUCGGUUAAUGCUCACUUUCUCGGUUUAAAAGAGAAAUUUUGUGCCUUAGGCAAAACAGGGUUUUGUCCUCCCCCAGCACCACCAGUUGAUCCUACUACAACAUCUACUUUAAUACCUACCGGAACUGAUCCAACUACACCUACCUUAACUCCUAUACCAACAACACCCACAACUACCGGAACCGGUGGACCUACUACUGGAACAACUCAAACUACUAAUACUUCACCAACUACCGAUACUAGUAUAACUCCUCCCACCGAAACUCCACCCACAACAUCACCUCCCACCGAAACACCACCUACCACCUCACCUCCUGAACCUACUCCUGAGCCCGAUGAAGAAACUACUGCUGGAGAUGACAAGGAAACGACAGCAGGAGGUGAUGAUGAAACUACUGCAGGUGGAGAUGAUGAGACUACUGAAGGUGGUGGUGGCAGAGCUUUGGAUGUUAACGAACAUGAUGAAGAACAGGAUGAUGAUAUUGAUUCUGAACUCAGUGGUGCCCGUGCUCGUCGUGUAAGAAGCCGCCGCAAUCGCCGUAAUCGUCGUAUACGUAGACGUAAAAUAAAUCGUAAGAAUAAGAAUCGUAAAGCUCGCAGAAACCGUAAGAUACGCCGUCGCAAUCGUCAGAUUAAACGUAAUCGUAAAAUCCAACGUCGCAAUCGUAAGGCCCGCAGAAAUCGUCGUCGUGGAAUUCGUGUCAUUCGCAGACGCGGCAAGAAGACAAUCGGUUAA